AUGUCACGGCGAGCCGCAGGGCUGAGCUCGCUCGAGCGGUACCUCGACCAGUCGCAGUCGUACAACUCGCUCGGCACCUCGCUCGCGGCCCAGCAGUCGGCCUCGCUGUCGUCCCAACUCGCCACGUUCCAAGCCGCGCUGUCGACCUUCUCGUCCCAGCACCGCGCCAAGAUCCUCAGCUCGCCCACGUUCCGGUCCCACUUCUCGCAGCUGUGCGCCGAGCUCGGCGUCGACCCGCUCGGCGGCGGCGCCAAAGGCCUGUGGGACAAGAUCGGCGUCGGCGACUGGUACUACGCGCUCGGCGUCCAGGUCGUCGACGUGUGCCUGCGCGUGCGCGAGCGCAGCGGCGGGCUCGUCGCCCUCGACGAGGUCAUCCGCGAGGUGGGCGCAGGCGGUGCGGCGGCGACGACGACGAGCGAGGCGACCAUCACCGAGGCCGACGUGCAGCGCGCCAUCGAGGCCCUCGAGCCGCUCGGGUGCGGGUACGCCAUCCUGUCGGUCGGCGGCAAGAAGGUCGUGCGGUGCAGCCCCGGUGGGCUCGACCGCGACUCGCUCGUCGUCGCGUUCACGGCGCGCGACGACAAGGGCGCCGGGCCGUGGGACCUGGACCGCGUCGAGCGCGCGCUCGAGAAGGCGCUCAUGGACGACGGCAUGGUGUGGCUCGACGAGCAGCCCGGGUCGUCCAAGCGCGAGUACUACGCUCUCGGCCUCUUCGUCCUCGAGUAG